GAUCGGGUCAACACUGAACCUCAAAAAUAAGUCAAUUGUUCUUCAACCAUCAAUUCAAUUAAGAAUCACAAUUGUUCGAUCAACGCGAUACAGAGAACAAUGGCCACCAAACCGCCCACCCUCCAACUAGGCACAGUCCUCGUCGUCGGCGGCUGCGGCUUUCUAGGCUGGAACAUCGUCAACCAACUCCUCUCCUUCCCCUCCGAAACCGACGCCUCAGUCGCUCUACCACACAUCGAAAAUGACCCUCGCUUCGAGUACCCCGGCCUCAAGGGCAGAUUCCCCGAUUACGCAAACACAAAAGUACACAUUGUCGACUUGCGCACGUCGAAUAACAGAUUACCCGGUGCGGAGUAUCAUGAAGGAGAUCUCACAUCUGUAUCGUCCAUGUUGGAUGUAUUUCGUAAAGUGAAACCAGAUGUUGUUAUUCAUACUGCUGCGCCGGCACCGUUGGGUUCGACGGAUGAGAUGCUCAAGAAAGUUAAUGUGGAUGGUACCAGGACGUUGAUUGAGGUUGCUAGUGGUGUGCAUGGGGAUUGGGGCAAGAAGUGUAGGGCAUUUGUUUACACGAGUUCUGCAUCAGUGAUACACGAUACAAAGAGCGAUUUGAUAAAUGUCAACGAGGACUGGCCUUAUGUGCGUGGAAAGGCGCAAUUGGAAUACUAUUCCGAGACGAAGGGCCUCGCAGAAGAACUCGUCCUAAAAGCCAACAAAUCCAACCCCACAAACAUGCUAACCUGCGCCAUCCGUCCAGCCGGCAUAACCGGCGAAAAGGAUACCUUACUCUCCUUCAAAAUGCUCGAACUCGGCUAUCUAGGCUCAAACACAUCCCUACGUCUUCAACUCGGUGAUAACAACAAUCUCUUCGAUUUCACAUAUGUUGGCAACGUGGCCUAUGCCCAUCUCCUAGCAGCGUACAAAUUACUCGCGACCGCCGGGCGAUACGAAGCUGGCCAAGAAGCACCCUUAGACUACGAGCGUGUCGACGGGGAGACAUUCAUAAUCACAAACGAUGCGCCCAUGUACUUCUGGGACUUUCCCCGCGCAAUGUGGAAUUUACUCGAUCGACCAGUUGAGCCUCAUCAGGUCUGGGCCCUUCCUGAGGGUGCAUUGACUGUUAUCGGCGGUAUAUUCGAAGGUAUUUACGGUCUAUUGGGUAAAACGCCUCGAUUGACGCGCAAAAUUGUACGGUAUUCAUGCAUGACGCGAUUCUACUCGUGUCGCAAGGCGAAAGAUCGAUUGGGGUAUGAGGCUGUUAUUGGUAUGGAGGAGGCGAUUGCGAGGACGGUGAGUUUUUGGGUUGCGAAUAAUUAUCCUGAGGGUAAGAAGGUGCAAUAAUCCUUUCUGUUUUGGUGGUGUUACGGGUCUGUUUAGAGUAGACUUACUUAAUGUCAUGUAAUAAUGUACUUUCAAUGCUUGUAUUC